AUGGUGGACAGUCACACGGAUGACCCCAAUGAACAGAUCAAGGGGGCUGUCCUGGGGAAAGACAGCCCCGAUGGGCAAAAGAAACAGAAACUGCCCGAGUCUAAGGACUGGAAAAUGGCCACUUUGUCCAAUGUGUUCCACUCCCGGCGUCCCGGCCCCGGCGGCAUCUCUGAUGCUGGGCGGAGGGUGGACCACCCCGCAACCCCUGGGCUGUGGAGGCCGGGCCUGGAUAAGAACAGAGGCCACGCCCUCCUGGAUGAGACAGCUUCCUACACGGCCGCCAUGUGCCUGACACCAUGUGAACUGGCAGUGUCGGGUUAUGAAAGGCCAGACCUGCCAGAGGAUGAGGGCUCAGCUCUAUGGCUGCGUGAUCCCACCCACAGAAUCUUCUGUGUGUGCCACGACACCCUGGACCUGGAGAUGUUUGACUCCCUCAAGACACCCUCCAGCAUCAUGUCUUCCAAGAAAAAGUCUGUUUCGCCUGCACGGAGCCUGCCAGCCCUCACCAGAACCCACUGCACGUGGCACACCAGACCAGCGACACGCCAUGGAUGUUCAAACACACACAACUCCAGCAUCACCGUGACUAGCAAGACCAGCAGUGCUCCCAGGCUCCAGGGGGCCCCAGAUCCUGGAGGGCCCAGACAAGCUGUUGGCUUCAACUGCUUCAAGGAAAAGAAACUGAGACACAGGGAGCUCCAGAUCACCCUGCAGGAUCUGGGAAAUACAGUGCUUAAUGCAGAAGGCUGGGCCAAGGAAUGACCUGUUCUCAUGCUGCCCCCUCGUGGUCAGAGGAGGGACUGCAGCCAGUUGCUCCCUCCCAGGCCACCUCCCGUCAAACCCCACCCUGGGGCACCACCUACAGCCUGUUUCUCAGUCUGGAGGAGCCUCGAGGUCAAAGGGCACUCCUGUUUCCCCAUGCCAGGCUAGCUCCCUUGGGUGGGGACCCCCUAGAGGGGGGCCUUGUUGCUGAAUGAGGGGUUGCAACCCCCCACGUGAAAGCCCCACUGCCGCGUCUGGGGCACAUCCUCAGUCCUCACCUCUUUGCCUCCUCUGAUCACACUCUCUUUCUUGAAUUCUGUCUCCUUGGCCCUGAUGGAGAGAGGCUCUCCUGGUUUUCUUCCCACCUCCCCGACUGUUCCCUCUUGGAUUUGGGGAGCCUCUUGUUCCCCUCUGUCCCUGAGCCUCUGACCUCCCAUCUCUUACCUGGACUGGGAGCUGGACCGCCCAGCAGACAGGCAGGUAGGCAGACAGCCUCACGGUGCCAUCCGACCAGCAGCCCCAGAAAGGAAGACCAGGAGGAAAAUGUCUGUUUCUAAGAAUUCAUCCAUU